AUGAAAAUAAAAGAACCCAGUCAUUCAGAAGAUCUGCUAUACGGGGCAUCUUCCUCGUCGACCUCUCCACAUGUAGAUGAUAAUGGAGGAAUUCUUGUGUUCAAAGAUGACAAUGAACUCCGUAUUGGUGAGGAGAUUGGUUUGGAGCUUCUUUGUAGUAUUACACAGUCUAAGAUCUCAAUCCCGAUUAUAUCUAAGGACUACGCUUUCAGCAAAUGGUGCCUUCAAGAGCUGGCUCAGAUGUUGAAUUGCAGGAGAAGCAGAGGACAAGUAGUGUUGCCCAUAUUUUACAAAGUGGAACCCUCACAGGUGCAAUAUCUUAGAGAGAGAUUUGGAGAUGCCAUCAAUGCACAUAAAAAGAACUUGAACCAAAUGGUUGUGAAGGAAUGGGAAGAUGCACUCAAAGAAGUUAGUCUCUUAAAAGGAUGGGAAUCCGAGAAAAUUGAUAAGGGGCACGAAGCAGGAUUAGUCAAAAUGAUCGUUAGAAGAGUUAUGAGUGAGUUAAAAAGACUUUUUCAGCUAGAUGUUCCGAAACAGUUGGUGGGAACUGAUGAUCGUGUGGAACAAAUUAUGAGCCAAAUAGAUGCUAGAUUCAAUGGUACGUGGUUUAUUGGAAUUUAUGGAAUGGGCGGUAUCGGUAAAACAACUCUUGAAAAGAUAUUAUACAACAAACUAUCUAGUCGUUUUGAGAAUCGCAGCUUUGUGGCAAAUGUUCGAGAAACAUUUCAGCGUCAGGGCACUAGUGAGAUUGAGGCCCUUCAUCUUGACUAUUAUGGCAAGUGGGAAAGCUACCGAGGUGAACAGUUUAAUGAACUCACCAACUUGAGGUUCCUCAAAGUGUGUGGUGUGAAUUUCACUGGAGAUUUCCAAAAUUUACUUCCUCAAUUAAGAUGGCUUGAAUGGAUGUUUUGUCCCUUGGAUUUUGAAAUGGUCAACUUUCACCCAAAGAAAUUAGUCAUGCUCAAUCUAUCAACUAGUAAGAUUACAGAGUACUGGGGAGGAUGGGGCCCAUUCAAGGUGGCAACUGAGUUGAAAGUUCUCAACCUCUCGUUUUGUGACAAUUUGAGAAGAACUCCUGACUUGUCUGCUUUCAAAAGCUUGGAGAUUUUGAAUCUUGAAAGCUGUUGCAAUCUAAAAGAAAUUCAUCCUUCUAUAUGGUAUAUCAAGACCCUUGUCUCCUUGGCUGUCCAUCUUUGUUCUAGACUAAAGAAGCUACCAGUAAGAGUAGGGAGAAUGGAAGAAUCAAGGGAUCUUCAAUGUUAUGAUAAACUUGCUCAACUUCCCAAAUCCAUGGGUUCCUCUGAGUCGUUAACUAAGCUGGACUUAUCUCAUACAAGGAUUAAAGAAUUACCCGAAUCCAUUGGUUCUAUGAAGGCGCUAAAAACUCUUAAUGAUGCUGAGUGUAGUAUAUUAGAUCACAUACCCAAAUCCAUAGGCAACCUAGCAUCUCUAUCUCUCCUUAACUUAGUGGAAUGCGAGUCGUUGAGAGAGAUCCCCGACUCGAUUGGAGAGUUGGCAUUGUUGACCAACCUACAAUUAGAAGGGACUUCGAUUACAAAAUUACCAGAAAGCAUUGGGAAUCUGCAAAAUUUGAGGAUCUUGGACCUUAAUAAAACUCUCGUGACAGAAUUGCCUAGCACCAUUGGAAUGCUGGUGAAACUCCAAGAGUUGAGGGCAAUGAGAUGCAACAAUCUGAAAGGACUGCCUAGUAGUAUAGGCGAGCUGGUUUCACUAAAGGAGCUUCUUUUAUAUGGAUCGGGCAUUUUGGGCUUGCCAGAGAGCAUUUCGAAGCUCUCUUCUCUCCGACAUCUCGGCGCUCGAUGUUGCGACUUCCUUCGAGAAAUACCGGAACCGCCCUCCAGCUUAAUAGCUCUGCAUAUUGAUUUCCCAACUCCAUCGUUGCCAUUUCUUUCCAAACUAACCCUUCUCGAGAAACUCUCUCUUGUCGAUCUCCGUCCUCUUGAAUGUCUUCCAAAGCUUCCCGUCCGACUAUCCAAGCUUUCUAUUAAAUGGAGUCAUUUGAGCGGUGCCGAAAGGUUGAAUUUAGAGAAGGCCGUGUCCGAAUUUAUUCGCUACAAGUCCUUUGGGCGAAGAAAAGCCACCAGAUUUAAGCUUGGGGAUUCUUGGGGUUUCUGGUGCUUCCGAAUUGAUGAGGCAACGAGCCCAGAUUCUCCAGAGGUAACGAGCACUCUAGCAUCCGCAUAA